AUGUCAAACGUCUGUUUCGGAUCAGCGUUGAUUUCUGGAGAGGAGGUGGAGCAGGUGGGCACGAGGGGGAGGGAGUGGGAUGGGCACGAGGGGGAGGGAGUGGGAUGGGCACGAGGGGGAGGGAGUGGGAUGGGCACGAGGGGGAGGGAGUGGGAUGGGCACGAGGGGGAGGGAGUGGGAUGGGCACGAGGGGGAGGGAGUGGGAUGGGCACGAGGGGGAGGGAGUGGGAUGGGCACGAGGGGGAGGGAGUGGGAUGGGCACGAGGGGGAGGGAGUGGGAUGGGCACGAGGGGGAGGGAGUGGGAUGGGCACGAGGGGGAGGGAGUGGGAUGGGCACGAGGGGGAGGGAGUGGGAUGGGCACGAGGGGGAGGGAGUGGGAUGGGCACGAGGGGGAGGGAGUGGGAUGGGCACGAGGGGGAGGGAGUGGGAUGGGCACGAGGGGGAGGGAGUGGGAUGGGCACGAGGGGGAGGGAGUGGGAUGGGCACGAGGGGGAGGGAGUGGGAUGGGCACGAGGGGGAGGGAGUGGGAUGGGCACGAGGGGGAGGGAGUGGGAUGGGCACGAGGGGGAGGGAGUGGGAUGGGCACGAGGGGGAGGGAGUGGGAUGGGCACGAGGGGGAGGGAGUGGGAUGGGCACGAGGGGGAGGGAGUGGGAUGGGCACGAGGGGGAGGGAGUGGGAUGGGCACGAGGGGGAGGGAGUGGGAUGGGCACGAGGGGGAGGGAGUGGGAUGGGCACGAGGGGGAGGGAGUGGGAUGGGCACGAGGGGGAGGGAGUGGGAUGGGCACGAGGGGGAGGGAGUGGGAUGGGCACGAGGGGGAGGGAGUGGGAUGGGCACGAGGGGGAGGGAGUGGGAUGGGCACGAGGGGGAGGGAGUGGGAUGGGCACGAGGGGGAGGGAGUGGGAUGGGCACGAGGGGGAGGGAGUGGGAUGGGCACGAGGGGGAGGGAGUGGGAUGGGCACGAGGGGGAGGGAGUGGGAUGGGCACGAGGGGGAGGGAGUGGGAUGGGCACGAGGGGGAGGGAGUGGGAUGGGCACGAGGGGGAGGGAGUGGGAUGGGCACGAGGGGGAGGGAGUGGGAUGGGCACGAGGGGGAGGGAGUGGGAUGGGCACGAGGGGGAGGGAGUGGGAUGGGCACGAGGGGGAGGGAGUGGGAUGGGCACGAGGGGGAGGGAGUGGGAUGGGCACGAGGGGGAGGGAGUGGGAUGGGCACGAGGGGGAGGGAGUGGGAUGGGCACGAGGGGGAGGGAGUGGGAUGGGCACGAGGGGGAGGGAGUGGGAUGGGCACGAGGGGGAGGGAGUGGGAUGGGCACGAGGGGGAGGGAGUGGGAUGGGCACGAGGGGGAGGGAGUGGGAUGGGCACGAGGGGGAGGGAGUGGGAUGGGCACGAGGGGGAGGGAGUGGGAUGGGCACGAGGGGGAGGGAGUGGGAUGGGCACGAGGGGGAGGGAGUGGGAUGGGCACGAGGGGGAGGGAGUGGGAUGGGCACGAGGGGGAGGGAGUGGGAUGGGCACGAGGGGGAGGGAGUGGGAUGGGCACGAGGGGGAGGGAGUGGGAUGGGCACGAGGGGGAGGGAGUGGGAUGGGCACGAGGGGGAGGGAGUGGGAUGGGCACGAGGGGGAGGGAGUGGGAUGGGCACGAGGGGGAGGGAGUGGGAUGGGCACGAGGGGGAGGGAGUGGGAUGGGCACGAGGGGGAGGGAGUGGGAUGGGCACGAGGGGGAGGGAGUGGGAUGGGCACGAGGGGGAGGGAGUGGGAUGGGCACGAGGGGGAGGGAGUGGGAUGGGCACGAGGGGGAGGGAGUGGGAUGGGCACGAGGGGGAGGGAGUGGGAUGGGCACGAGGGGGAGGGAGUGGGAUGGGCACGAGGGGGAGGGAGUGGGAUGGGCACGAGGGGGAGGGAGUGGGAUGGGCACGAGGGGGAGGGAGUGGGAUGGGCACGAGGGGGAGGGAGUGGGAUGGGCACGAGGGGGAGGGAGUGGGAUGGGCACGAGGGGGAGGGAGUGGGAUGGGCACGAGGGGGAGGGAGUGGGAUGGGCACGAGGGGGAGGGAGUGGGAUGGGCACGAGGGGGAGGGAGUGGGAUGGGCACGAGGGGGAGGGAGUGGGAUGGGCACGAGGGGGAGGGAGUGGGAUGGGCACGAGGGGGAGGGAGUGGGAUGGGCACGAGGGGGAGGGAGUGGGAUGGGCACGAGGGGGAGGGAGUGGGAUGGGCACGAGGGGGAGGGAGUGGGAUGGGCACGAGGGGGAGGGAGUGGGAUGGGCACGAGGGGGAGGGAGUGGGAUGGGCACGAGGGGGAGGGAGUGGGAUGGGCACGAGGGGGAGGGAGUGGGAUGGGCACGAGGGGGAGGGAGUGGGAUGGGCACGAGGGGGAGGGAGUGGGAUGGGCACGAGGGGGAGGGAGUGGGAUGGGCACGAGGGGGAGGGAGUGGGAUGGGCACGAGGGGGAGGGAGUGGGAUGGGCACGAGGGGGAGGGAGUGGGAUGGGCACGAGGGGGAGGAGUGGGAUGGCCGAGGGGGAGGGAGUGGGAUGGGCACGAGGGGGAGGGAGUGGGAUGGGCACGAGGGGGAGGGAGUGGGAUGGGCACGAGGGGGAGGGAGUGGGAUGGGCACGAGGGGGAGGGAGUGGGAUGGGCACGAGGGGGAGGGAGUGGGAUGGGCACGAGGGGGAGGGAGUGGGAUGGGCACGAGGGGGAGGGAGUGGGAUGGGCACGAGGGGGAGGGAGUGGGAUGGGCACGAGGGGGAGGGAGUGGGAUGGGCACGAGGGGGAGGGAGUGGGAUGGGCACGAGGGGGAGGGAGUGGGAUGGGCACGAGGGGGAGGGAGUGGGAUGGGCACGAGGGGGAGGGAGUGGGAUGGGCACGAGGGGGAGGGAGUGGGAUGGGCACGAGGGGGAGGGAGUGGGAUGGGCACGAGGGGGAGGGAGUGGGAUGGGCACGAGGGGGAGGGAGUGGGAUGGGCACGAGGGGGAGGGAGUGGGAUGGGCACGAGGGGGAGGGAGUGGGAUGGGCACGAGGGGGAGGGAGUGGGAUGGGCACGAGGGGGAGGGAGUGGGAUGGGCACGAGGGGGAGGGAGUGGGAUGGGCACGAGGGGGAGGGAGUGGGAUGGGCACGAGGGGGAGGGAGUGGGAUGGGCACGAGGGGGAGGGAGUGGGAUGGGCACGAGGGGGAGGGAGUGGGAUGGGCACGAGGGGGAGGGAGUGGGAUGGGCACGAGGGGGAGGGAGUGGGAUGGGCACGAGGGGGAGGGAGUGGGAUGGGCACGAGGGGGAGGGAGUGGGAUGGGCACGAGGGGGAGGGAGUGGGAUGGGCACGAGGGGGAGGGAGUGGGAUGGGCACGAGGGGGAGGGAGUGGGAUGGGCACGAGGGGGAGGGAGUGGGAUGGGCACGAGGGGGAGGGAGUGGGAUGGGCACGAGGGGGAGGGAGUGGGAUGGGCACGAGGGGGAGGGAGUGGGAUGGGCACGAGGGGGAGGGAGUGGGAUGGGCACGAGGGGGAGGGAGUGGGAUGGGCACGAGGGGGAGGGAGUGGGAUGGGCACGAGGGGGAGGGAGUGGGAUGGGCACGAGGGGGAGGGAGUGGGAUGGGCACGAGGGGGAGGGAGUGGGAUGGGCACGAGGGGGAGGGAGUGGGAUGGGCACGAGGGGGAGGGAGUGGGAUGGGCACGAGGGGGAGGGAGUGGGAUGGGCACGAGGGGGAGGGAGUGGGAUGGGCACGAGGGGGAGGGAGUGGGAUGGGCACGAGGGGGAGGGAGUGGGAUGGGCACGAGGGGGAGGGAGUGGGAUGGGCACGAGGGGGAGGGAGUGGGAUGGGCACGAGGGGGAGGGAGUGGGAUGGGCACGAGGGGGAGGGAGUGGGAUGGGCACGAGGGGGAGGGAGUGGGAUGGGCACGAGGGGGAGGGAGUGGGAUGGGCACGAGGGGGAGGGAGUGGGAUGGGCACGAGGGGGAGGGAGUGGGAUGGGCACGAGGGGGAGGGAGUGGGAUGGGCACGAGGGGGAGGGAGUGGGAUGGGCACGAGGGGGAGGGAGUGGGAUGGGCACGAGGGGGAGGGAGUGGGAUGGGCACGAGGGGGAGGGAGUGGGAUGGGCACGAGGGGGAGGGAGUGGGAUGGGCACGAGGGGGAGGGAGUGGGAUGGGCACGAGGGGGAGGGAGUGGGAUGGGCACGAGGGGGAGGGAGUGGGAUGGGCACGAGGGGGAGGGAGUGGGAUGGGCACGAGGGGGAGGGAGUGGGAUGGGCACGAGGGGGAGGGAGUGGGAUGGGCACGAGGGGGAGGGAGUGGGAUGGGCACGAGGGGGAGGGAGUGGGAUGGGCACGAGGGGGAGGGAGUGGGAUGGGCACGAGGGGGAGGGAGUGGGAUGGGCACGAGGGGGAGGGAGUGGGAUGGGCACGAGGGGGAGGGAGUGGGAUGGGCACGAGGGGGAGGGAGUGGGAUGGGCACGAGGGGGAGGGAGUGGGAUGGGCACGAGGGGGAGGGAGUGGGAUGGGCACGAGGGGGAGGGAAGGGAGUGGGAUGGGCACGAGGGGGAGGGAGUGGGAUGGGCACGAGGGGGAGGGAGUGGGAUGGGCACGAGGGGGAGGGAGUGGGAUGGGCACGAGGGGGAGGGAGUGGGAUGGGCACGAGGGGGAGGGAGUGGGAUGGGCACGAGGGGGAGGGAGUGGGAUGGGCACGAGGGGGAGGGAGUGGGAUGGGCACGAGGGGGAGGGAGUGGGAUGGGCACGAGGGGGAGGGAGUGGGAUGGGCACGAGGGGGAGGGAGUGGGAUGGGCACGAGGGGGAGGGAGUGGGAUGGGCACGAGGGGGAGGGAGUGGGAUGGGCACGAGGGGGAGGGAGUGGGAUGGGCACGAGGGGGAGGGAGUGGGAUGGGCACGAGGGGGAGGGAGUGGGAUGGGCACGAGGGGGAGGGAGUGGGAUGGGCACGAGGGGGAGGGAGUGGGAUGGGCACGAGGGGGAGGGAGUGGGAUGGGCACGAGGGGGAGGGAAGGGAGUGGGAUGGGCACGAGGGGGAGGGAGUGGGAUGGGCACGAGGGGGAGGGAGUGGGAUGGGCACGAGGGGGAGGGAGUGGGAUGGGCACGAGGGGGAGGGAGUGGGAUGGGCACGAGGGGGAGGGAGUGGGAUGGGCACGAGGGGGAGGGAGUGGGAUGGGCACGAGGGGGAGGGAGUGGGAUGGGCACGAGGGGGAGGGAGUGGGAUGGGCACGAGGGGGAGGGAGUGGGAUGGGCACGAGGGGGAGGGAGUGGGAUGGGCACGAGGGGGAGGGAGUGGGAUGGGCACGAGGGGGAGGGAGUGGGAUGGGCACGAGGGGGAGGGAGUGGGAUGGGCACGAGGGGGAGGGAGUGGGAUGGGCACGAGGGGGAGGGAGUGGGAUGGGCACGAGGGGGAGGGAGUGGGAUGGGCACGAGGGGGAGGGAGUGGGAUGGGCACGAGGGGGAGGGAGUGGGAUGGGCACGAGGGGGAGGGAGUGGGAUGGGCACGAGGGGGAGGGAGUGGGAUGGGCACGAGGGGGAGGGAGUGGGAUGGGCACGAGGGGGAGGGAGUGGGAUGGGCACGAGGGGGAGGGAGUGGGAUGGGCACGAGGGGGAGGGAGUGGGAUGGGCACGAGGGGGAGGGAGUGGGAUGGGCACGAGGGGGAGGGAGUGGGAUGGGCACGAGGGGGAGGGAGUGGGAUGGGCACGAGGGGGAGGGAGUGGGAUGGGCACGAGGGGGAGGGAGUGGGAUGGGCACGAGGGGGAGGGAGUGGGAUGGGCACGAGGGGGAGGGAGUGGGAUGGGCACGAGGGGGAGGGAGUGGGAUGGGCACGAGGGGGAGGGAGUGGGAUGGGCACGAGGGGGAGGGAGUGGGAUGGGCACGAGGGGGAGGGAGUGGGAUGGGCACGAGGGGGAGGGAGUGGGAUGGGCACGAGGGGGAGGGAGUGGGAUGGGCACGAGGGGGAGGGAGUGGGAUGGGCACGAGGGGGAGGGAGUGGGAUGGGCACGAGGGGGAGGGAGUGGGAUGGGCACGAGGGGGAGGGAGUGGGAUGGGCACGAGGGGGAGGGAGUGGGAUGGGCACGAGGGGGAGGGAGUGGGAUGGGCACGAGGGGGAGGGAGUGGGAUGGGCACGAGGGGGAGGGAGUGGGAUGGGCACGAGGGGGAGGGAGUGGGAUGGGCACGAGGGGGAGGGAGUGGGAUGGGCACGAGGGGGAAUCGUAAAAGGCCCUAUGACAAAGGGUCACAUGCGUUUGCAACAAUCCGUCAGCUGCCCUCGCAACCAACCAUGCAUCACAUGCCAUUGCAAGUCUACAACCAACCGUGCCUCACCUGUCCGGGCCAUCUGGUCUGGCCGAACCUAA